CGUACUCAUGUCUUUCGCAACAAGCAAUGUUAAUGAUUACAAGACUACGAGUAUACCAACUAAAAUUCAAAUUACAAAACUAUACAAUUUUGAUCAUUUACAAUAUUCAAUACAUUCGAAUACAAGUGGCAUUAUUUCAAGUUCGGCAUCGUUUCAAUAACCGUAUUCUCCGCUUCUUUCCCGAAGACAGACACUAUGAAUUAUCAAACAAAACUUCCAUUCUUCAUUCUACUCGUCUUAAAAGGAAUCCUAUCAGCUCAGCUUUCCUUACCAUCCUUCAAGUACGACAUCUCAACAUCUCUGGCUGAUUGGAUCAGCAAGAUAUUUAAAAGCAGAGAAAAUUUGAAUAUCAAUAGUGCAAUGAAGAAUGCACUCGCAUCAGCCUACAUUAUUGGAGAAUGGGAGUACAAUAUAACUGAAAAAAUGAACCUGGUGGCUCCUUUUCAAUCCCAAAUCAUAUUGUACGAUACAAAUUUUUACACUCAUCCGAAAGAUACAGAAGAAACUAAGCCAUUUACACUGAAAUCGUGGAGAUCGUCCGAUAAUAAAAUUCGUUUAUCGUCUAAAAAAUUCAGAAUUACUGUGGAAGGAGAAAUUCGUGCAGAAAAGAAUCGCUGCCACGCUGGAUACUUUACCACGUUACAUUUCGAAGAUUUCGUAUUGGAUGCGAUUCCAGUAUCUGAUACCCUCUAUGGCGUAGAAUUUUCAACCGAAUUUUCCUACAAUAAAUAUUACGUUUGGAAUCACGGAAGUGAGGCUCACAUAAAAUGGACCAAAAACGACGAUUACCGAGACGACCACAGAAAAAAAUUAACCAAAAUGAUUAUACCCAUACUGCCUUCAAUACUACGCGAAUAUAUGAACGGUAAUCCAAAAUUUUCCGAAGCCUUCGACCAAAUCACCAAAAUCUACAACUAUCUUCCUGGAACUGUCUCAGCUCGCCCGAAUUUCUCAGACCACCGACAUCAGUAUUACUACUUUAUACCACUAAUUCACAUAUAUGGGUUCUGUUUGAGAAACGUCACUAUCCAGGGGUUACUGAAUAUCGAAGUUACAGACGUGGAUACGGAAUCUUAUUUCUUUACCGAUACAAUAUUGAUGAGAAAUGUCACAGGGAAUAUGAUUUUGGAUUACGGUUCUGAGGAAAUGGCACCUUUGGGACUGAAUUUCUUGAUCGAUUACUUAUCGAUUUCUAUUAAAAAUGGUACCGACUUUGUGCACGUGGAAGCGAGAAGUUACUGCGUUAAUCGUACAAAUGGUGACCCAUUAACACAUCGUCAAUCGGCGAGUAUAAUUCGAAGAAUAGAAUGCGCUCUGGCUCCUGCACUGAUGCCAUCAAAACGAGCUUGGAAAACAUGCCACAUGGAAUCUGACAUUGGCCAUAUUGAAAUAACCAAUGCAACUGACUGGGAAACGAUUGUAAGAAAAUAUCAAGAUUGGAUUCCAUUUAACCAAGUCGAUAAUGUUCCGAAGAAAACAGGUUUGAUGCGAAGAAUAUUCCAAGCAGCAGGCGAAUGUCUUAGAUCGCUGCCGUAAUCU